AUGGAGGGGCCGCCGGGCCGGGAGCGGGACCGGGACCGGGGCCGGGAUCGGGAGCGGGAGCUGGAUCCGGACCGGGAUCGGGAGCGGGACCGGGAGCUGGAUCGGGGCCCGGCCCCCGCCGCCUGCGAGGACGGCUUCGACUGCCCGGAGCUGGAGUCCCUGUUCGAGCGGUACAACGUGCGGCUGGAGCAGCGGGCGGCCCUGAAGGCGCUGGGCGUGCUGUGCGCCCUGACGGCCGGCCGGGCCCUGGCCGCCCUGCUGGCCGCCGGGCCCGGGCUGACGGUGGCCCGGGGCUCGCAGCCCGCGCACUGCCUGGUCUUCGCCGGCCUGCUGGUGGCCGUGGCCCAGGCCAAGUACCUGCGGGUGGCCCAGCUGAGGCGGCUGGCCCGGCUGGCCCUCCUCUUCUGCUUCACCUUCGCCGUCCUCUGCUGCCCCUUGGGCCCGGCGGUGGGGGGCCCUGCGGGGGCGGGGGUCCCGGCAGCGGGGGUCCCGUCCCGCGGGCUGUGGCCGCUGCUGCUGGUCACCUUCGUGUCCUACGCGCUGCUGCCCGUGCGGACCCCGCUGGCCGGGCUGUUCGGGCUGCUGGCGGCCGGCUCCCACCUGGUGCUCACGGCCGCCUCCGCCUCCCACCUGGUGCUCACGGCCGCCUCCGGCCCCGCCGACCCCCAGCGGCUCUGGAGGACGCUUGGGGCCAAUGCUCUUCUUUUUGUCAGCGUAAACCUGUAUGGGGUCUUUGUGAGGAUUUUGACGGAAAGAGCUCAGAGGAAAGCUUUUCUGCAGGCCAGAAACUGUAUUGAGGAUCGACUGAGGCUGGAGGAUGAAAAUGAAAAACAGGAGCGCCUACUGAUGAGUCUGCUGCCGAGGAAUGUUGCCAUGGAAAUGAAGGAAGAUUUCCUGAAGCCACCCGAGAGGAUAUUCCACAAGAUUUAUAUUCAGAGGCAUGACAAUGUUAGCAUUUUGUUUGCAGACAUUGUGGGCUUCACUAGCUUGGCGUCCCAGUGCACUGCUCAAGAGCUGGUGAAGCUUCUGAAUGAACUCUUUGGGAAGUUUGAUGAACUAGCCACAGAAAACCACUGCAGGCGAAUAAAAAUCCUAGGUGACUGUUACUACUGUGUAUCAGGACUGUCCCAACCCAAAGCAGACCAUGCUCAUUGCUGUGUUGAAAUGGGUUUGGAUAUGAUUGACACCAUCACAUCGGUAGCAGAGGCCACGGAAGUCGACCUCAACAUGCGAGUGGGUUUGCACACGGGACGGGUCCUGUGCGGUGUGCUGGGCCUUCGAAAAUGGCAAUACGAUGUCUGGUCGAAUGACGUGACGCUCGCCAACGUAAUGGAAGCCGGAGGAUUACCUGGAAAGGUUCAUAUCACAAAGACCACAUUAGAGUGCCUGAAUGGGGAUUAUGAGGUCGAGCCAGGUUGUGGGCACGAAAGAAACAGUUUCCUGAAGAAGCAUAAUAUUGAAACAUUUUUCAUUGUGCCAUCUCAUCGAAGAAAGAUCUUCCCAGGGCUAAUUCUCUCAGAUAUAAAGCCGGCCAAGAGGAUGAAGUUCAAAACUGUCUGCUACCUACUAGUCCAGCUGAUGCAUUGUCGGAAGAUGUUCAAAGCCGAGAUCCCGUUCUCUAACGUCAUGACGUGUGAGGAUGAUGACAAGAGGAGAGCACUGAGGACAGCCUCUGAAAAACUCAGGAAUAGAUCUUCAUUUUCUACAAAUAUGGUACACAACACUCCGGGAACUCGCGUGAACAGAUACAUCGGUCGUUUGAUAGAGGCUCGGCAAACGGAAUCUGAAAUGGCGGACUUGAAUUUCUUCACCCUGCAGUAUAAACACACUGACCGUGAACGUAAAUAUCACCAGCUUCAGGAUGAGUAUUUCAUCAGUGCCGUAGUUCUUUCGCUGAUUCUAACUGCUCUGUUUGGCCUUCUUUACCUUCUAAUAAUUCCACAGAAUACCAUAGUCCUUGUCCUCCUGGUGUUCUGCAUCUGUUUUCUUUUGGCUUGCAUUAUGUAUCUACAUAUCACAAGAGUGCAGUGUUUUCCAGGAUGCCUGACGAUUCAAAUCCGUACCACUUUGUGUAUUUUUAUUGUGAUCCUAAUUUAUUCCUUGGCUCAAGGAUGUGUGGUGGGUUGUAUGCCUUCGGUUUGGAAUAGGAAUUCCAGCACUUCCAUAGUUAUCAUUUCCCCGGAAGGCAAAAAUGAAACAAUGAAUGAGCUUCCCUGCAAUACUGUUCAUUACGCCUUCCUCUCCUGUGUUGUGGGGACUUUGACCCUGGCAAUAUUCCUUCGGGUCUCUUCGCUGCCCAAAAUGAUCCUUCUGUUUUGCUUUACAAUUUUGUCCAUACUCGUUCUGGAACUCAGCGGGUUGAGAAAAGCGCUGGGGGAAAGCUCCAAUUACAUGCAUGGCUAUGAACCUAUUUUAGCUAUUUUGCUGUUUUCCUGGGCUCUGGUUCUCCAUUCCCGGCAAGUCGACUUGAAGUUACGUCUGGACUACCUCUGGGCUGUGCAGGCAGAAGAAGAGAGAGAUGACAUGGAAAGAGUCAAGCUGGAUAAUAAAAGAAUACUCUUCAAUCUUUUGCCAGCCCACGUGGCCCAGCACUUCCUUAUGUCCAAUCCAAGAAACAUGGACCUUUAUUACCAGUCCUAUUCACAAGUGGGGGUGAUGUUUGCUUCCAUCCCAAAUUUCAACGAUUUCUACAUUGAACUGGAUGGCAAUAACAUGGGAGUGGAGUGUUUACGCCUCUUAAAUGAAAUUAUUGCUGAUUUUGAUGAGCUCAUGGACAAAGAAUAUUAUAAGGACCUAGAAAAAAUCAAGACAAUCGGAAGUACCUAUAUGGCAGCCGUAGGAUUAGUCCCAACCACAGGAACUAAGGAAAAGAAGUCUAUUCAUUUCCAACUGAGUACACUGGCUGAUUUUGCAAUCGAGAUGUUUGAUGUCCUUGACGAAAUCAAUUAUCAGUCUUAUAAUGACUUUGUCCUCCGUGUGGGCAUUAAUGUUGGGCCAGUAGUGGCAGGAGUCAUUGGUGCCCGAAGACCACAGUAUGAUAUCUGGGGAAACACUGUAAAUGUUGCCAGCAGAAUGGAUAGUACUGGAGUGCAGGGGAAAAUUCAGGUGACUGAAGAAGUUCAUAGACUCUUAACAAGAUGCAGCUACGAGUUCACCUGCAGAGGAAAAGUCAGCGUAAAAGGAAAAGGUGAAAUGUUGACCUACUUCCUGGAAGGAAAGAAAAACGGAAUCAAUUCUCAAACCACGUCUUUAAACUUAGAAGGCAAAACCCUUAACUCUUCCUGAGUUUGAGAAGACAUGAAAUCUGAUUUCUUUGAAACUCUCUUGUUUUACCGGCAUAAUAGCUACGGAGCACGAAAAGCGUUGUACGGAGCACGAAAAACAUUGUGGAGCAUCACUUUGAGGAAAGAAAGGUCCAGUUCUUCCCUGAACACAAGCCACAUCCCAGGUGUAAAUUAGACUCUCACGAAUGCAGCAUUAACUCAUUUAGUUCACGGUAUUUAAAGACUCUAAGCGCUUAGAACAGUGCUUUGCACAUAGUAAGCGCUUAAUAAAUACCAUUAUUAUUAUUAUUAUAAGGAGUCCAAAAGAGUUCAUGCAGAUUCUACAGGUGCCAAAUAUACCCUCAGGUGGUAGUUUUCACACUGGGAAGCUCAGGCAUGAUUCUGUCCCCUGAGGGCAGGGAUCAUGUCUACGAACUCCGUCGUACACUCCCAAGCACUUUGUACAGUGCUCUGCACGCGGUGAGCACUCAGUGAAUACCAUGGGUUGAUUGGUUGAUGUUUUCCCAUCUCACCGGCCCAGAUACUCACAACUUCAUUUUCAACUUUAUGUGUUGUUCUGGUGGAAGGAGUUGGUUGAUAAAUACGUCCCCUGAAAUAUGUCAGCCUCAAUUGCUGGAUACACCAGUAAGCAAUCUGUAAAAAUAUUUGGAUUCUUAGGAUUACUUGCCUGUAGCUGACAAGAGUAAACCCGUCCUUCAUCAUCAGUAAUUUCAAAUUCCAUACAUUUCCCAUUGGAAAAAGAGCACUAUUUAGCCAUAAUGUUCUUUCAAGUUUUGUAUCGCAGUGAUAAGCAACAUUUUUUUAAUUUGUGAUAAAAUCGUAUUAUCUUUGCCUUAUUUAUUUUUAAAUGUGUACAGUGUCAAUGUACAACGUUGGCCUUUCAUGUACUAUUCACUUUAAAGGAUUUAUUGUAAGAGUUUUGUAAAUACUUUGCCUAUUAAGGGUUACUGCAUGUACACUUGUACAAAAAUCAUGUGAGAGGCACAAUUUUUAUCAGAAUGUCAAUGGUUUUUCUAACAGAUUUUACAUGUGCAUGAAGACUAUGAGCCCUUUGAAGAUGGCUGUCCUUUAUUCUUCUUUUGACAAGCUACUGCAUGCCACUCAUGCCUGACUUCAGUAACCCAACAAAAUAGAACUUACGAGUAAAAUGCUAAGUGUUUGGGCAUGUCACUUUGACACAGUUUUUCCCCCUAAAUGCAUGUGAGUCCAACAGAGUAACUCAAAACAAAGACACUAACCAAGACGAGAGCUAUAGCCAAAUGCUCACAUUUUGCCAAAAACAGUGCUGUAAGAUCCACAUUAUUUCAAGUGCAAAAUCCAUCUCUGCUACCUUUAUGCCUUCAAUCAUUAGAUGCAAAAACUUGUACUGAAGCUAUAAUACAUGAGUGGAAAUAGUAAUUACCCAUUGGCCGAAGUUCAGUAAGCAUUCCAGAAGACACAGUGAAUUCGUCCUUUGACCUUAUCAAAGAAGGAAGUGGUAACAUUCCCCGAGAAAGUCUUUUUCUUGAUGGGGUGACAAUUAUUAGGUCUCAAAUACACAACGGAAACAUUUUGCAAAUUCACACACCCACACACAUGCUGCUGACAGGAUGUACGCCGGGACAGAUUCUGGCCUUCAGUAAGCACAAAUCCCCUUGAAUUUAAUAAGAAUUUGCCUAUCUGAGUUCCAAAUCUGGAUCACAGCCUUCGUUUUUUAGCCUUUUAUCUGUGACUCUGCUUUGGAAGACUAUCAUUUGAAGGGGUCAAGACCUCUAGAGUUAACUUCCCACCUCCCUUCCAGUGAUUCUUUUAAGCUUUCCAUUUGCAUUUGAUUUUUAAUCUUUACUUCUCUUUAUGCCACUCUGUGAACUACUGAAAACCCUGUCACAUGCGUGCAUGCACACACACAAACACACAGACACACACAACCAAGAUAUUAUGAGAACAGUGGAAUUUAAAGGAGCAAGAAAAACCCAGAGUGUGCGUAACUCAGUUAUUAGGAGUUGAACCAAAAUAGUUUGUUUAAUCCAUCAUAAAAGCUCUAAAUAUUUUGUUUCCUGGAAAAAAGAACAUAAUGAACCAUAGUUUCCUCAGAACCUAAAUGACUGCCUGUUAAUAAGUUGGGCAUUUUUUUUUAGCCCAUUAGCAGUACUCCCCUAAAUGGCGCUCUUGCAUGUAAGCUGAAAGAAUGAAUGACUAUAUGCCUCUAUAAAAAUGUAAUGUAAAUCAAGGACUUAGGGGCCCAGGGAGAAUCAAGCCCAACUUGUAUUUAGGUUUCUUAAAUCAAAUGUAUUUUGGGGAUUUUCCAGUUCUGCUGUAAGACAAAGUCACUGGGUAACAAAGAAAAGAUGAUUACUCAUCAAAAAAGAUAGUCAAUAACCCAGUGCAGAAUUGAGCGAAAUGUGUACUUUAAUAAUGAACAACUUGUUGGCCCCAAAUUAGAAAUUGCAUUUUUUUGGUUGUCAGCAUUUUCCUCUUGGUAUCCCAAGCUAAUUCUCUACUUUGGUCUCCUUCAGUUUUGUUGUCUCAAAAUGUAAUAUAAUCUGAUCUGAUCUGAAGCACUGGGCCACUGGAAAUCGAAACACAAAUUAAGGUGAUGGUGCGGGCCAUAAAGGGGAGGGAACUUGUAAAACAUAACAUAUGUGACCCCAACGAGAAGGUGGGUGAUCAGAUGGAGAGUUGGGGGGAAAGGUGCAGAAACAGUUCCAUUUGUCUCUUUCUGUUUUUGUUCUCUUUGGUACAGGGAAUUAUUACGUCCUAUAUUACCAGGUUAAGAGAUAUUAAGGAGGGAAAGUUUUUAGUUGCUCAGUUAUUCGGCAAAAGAUCAAAAUGAUGUCUCUGAUGAUUCAGGAGGAGCGGCGCUCUUCAGCAGCGAUUUUUGGGGGUUUUGUCUUCUACUGAUUUCUCACACUCGUACCAAGAUACGCAUUGAUGCCCACGCUUUCACAUCGUGUUAGUACCCAAUCCUCUGCAUCUAUCCCGGACAUGUUUCAUGCUGAAAGCAGUUUUGAAAAAUUCAAGUUAGCAAAUGAAAAUGAUUGGAGAGUCAUAAGAGACUCUCUCUCCCUCUCUGAAAAUUAGAAAUAGCUGUCUGCAGUAUUUCUGUUUCACUUAAAGUAAAUAAUAGGUAUCCAAUACUAGAGAUAUGCUAGAACCACAAUAGCAAAGAGUAUUCGAAGAAUAUUGAACAUGUAAAAGCAUUAAAAGGUACACUCUAUGCCUUUCUAGACUUAUAGGUAUCAUGUCGCUGUGUUGCUUAACAUGGAUUGUAUGACGAAGAGUGCUAGAAAGAUGAUUUUCUUAAUUGUGCAAAUCACCUCAACAGCUGUUUUGUCAAUAUUGAUUUUGCAUCCCUUUCUGAAAAUUGAAUAUUACAAAUUAUGAGGUUUUUGUUGUGAAAGUUGCAGUUGCUUUGUUUGUGAAAAGAGGUAGGAUUUCAAAAUACCCCAUUAUGUUUUUCCACUCUUCAGAGCUGAUCUUUGGUCUCCCUAAAAGAUGAACAGUAGCUACCAAACACUGCAGUUAGUCUUCAAAAUUGGAUGAUACGGUAAUUUUACCGCUCUCCGACCGUUUUUGAUUAUUUUGUUUAUCUUUUGUUAAAUGGGUCAUUGCACUUCAGUCGUUUUGGAGGAAAAGGAUGCCAUUGGUAUUCAUAAGAAAUUCAAAGUGAAUUUCUUCAUUUCGAAAAGAUAGCCAUUUUUGUCCUAAAAUUAACAUGUUGAACAAUGUAAUUUUUGAGUUAUUUAAGGUGUUAUGGACAGUGCAGACUGGCUACUUCAGUGAAAAGGGUGGCAACGCUCCCCCAGCAUGGGUGUGACUCCUUUCCGGAUAAGGUAGCAAUACUACCCUUUGUAAUAUAGGUUCCUUGUGGGCAGGGAACUUGGCUACCAACUUUGCUAUACUGUACUCACCCAAGCACUGAGUUCAGUGCUCUGCACUGACUGAUUGAUUGAUAAUAUAGAAUUAAAAGUCAGAAUGGUUUAAAAAGGGAAAACCAAUCCCCAUUUGCGUGUCUCAACAGACAGUCAAUCAAUCACAUUUACUGAGCGCUUACUGUGUGCAGAACACUGUACUAAGCCCCCGGGAGAGUACAAUGCAAUAAUAAACAGAAACAUUCCUGUCUACAACGAGGGGAAGACAGACAUUAAUAUAAAGACAAUCUGAAGCAGUGUGCUGAGCUGUUUUAUCCAUGAUGACGCUUCAUGGAUCAUAUCCACCAGAAAAUUGCUCCACAUUGCAGGCACCUGAUACUAAAUUCUUCAUUACUUCUUGUCUUGUAACUUUUUUGACCUGUGAUUGGUAUGUGAAAGCAACCUUUUUGGUUCACAGAUGAUUCAGGCAAGAGAAGAUUUGAUUUGUAUUUUUGAGAUUUUUACUUUUUUUUUCCCUGACUUACCCAGAUUAUGGUGCCAGGUAGAAUCUAAUUCUAUGUUCUAAAUUUGUUUUGAUUCAUUUCAUGAAACCUAAAGUUAGGUCUGCCCCUCUGAGACUGAGGUGUCAAGGUGUCAAAGUUAUGGUUGUUUUGUUUAUGAAAGGAGGUAGGAUUUCAAAAUACCCAAUUAUGUUUUUCCACUCUUCAGAAAUGGUCUUUGGUCUCACUAAAAGAUGAACAAUAGCUACCAACCACUGAAUGGAUUGUGAAGUAAUUUUACUGCUCUCCAACCAUUACUGAUUAUUUCGUUUAUCUUUCGGUAAUGUGUCAUUGCACUUCAGUCAUUUUAGAGGAAAAGGAUGCCAUUAGAAAUUCAUAUUAAAUUUAUUCAUAUCAUUCAUUCAUUCAAUCAUAUUUAUUGAGCGCUUACUGU